UUCCAACACAAAUCGCACCCCAGAGAUUCUAUGAGCUGUCAGCGGACCCUUUUCACAGGCUUCAUGGAAACCCUGCCAAAACAACAUGCAGCGUUAUGACAUCUACAACAUAUAAAAAAGGUCUAAAAGCGCAAGGAACUGCAGAUACUGGUUUACCAAAAAUAUAUACAAAGUGCUGGAGUAGUUCAGGAGUCAGGCAGCAUCUCUGGAUGGAUAACGUUUCAGAAGCUCGUGCUGCUCGGCAAGCUGCAAGUGUGGCCAUCCAUUAUUUAAACUACCAUCAUGGAUCGCCACACAAUGUUUUUCAGCUACAUCAGCUGAAGAAAGCAUCUCUUCAGAUUAUGGUUAACGAAGGGCACAAGUACCAUCUUAAAUUUGAAGUGAGAAAUGGAAGGUUCUCAAAUGUUACUAAAUUCUGCACAGCAAAAGUAUUAUUUUAUAUGAAAUCAGUUCCAGACACUGUUCUAAAGUGUAAUUUUAAAGACUCAGACGGUUUCAAGGAAGAUUAUGAAUUUUAUCUCAAUUUGAGAAAACGGAUGGACCCUGUGAUUGGCUACAAUAUUCCUGAUAAUUUUGGAUUUAUAGCCCCUGAAACAAGACCAAUCUGGCAACUGGCAAUAGUUAGUGCCAGCUACAUCAUGUGGCAAAAGUCUACUGAGGUUAUGAAGUACAACUUGGCUCAAAUACGGGAAGUUCACCAACAGAUCAGGACAGACGAAUUUCUUCAAUUUACCUACAUAAUUCUUCUCCACGAAAUACCAAGCCAGGAAAUAAUAACUUGCAAUAUGUGGGUGAUGUGGCAGCCUAAACAACCACCAAACGUGAAAUACACUUGCUUACCCUCUCCAACUGAAAGUUUUUCUGAAGAAUCUGAAUUUGGAAUGCCGGAGGGAAUGGGGCCGCAAAGAACCGAGGGCUCGGCGUUGCAAAUCAACUGAGAAUCAACUACAGAAAUUUUCUCUACAAACUUAUUACUAACCAUUUUGAUAUUAUUUUACUUAAAGGGUAUCGUAUUGGCAGCACAACAAAUCUAAUGAAUGAUAUUAUGACAGUAUUACCUGGAUUAGUUUGACCAGGACUUGAUUUAACUAUGCUACUUCAAAUUUAGUCACAAAACCUUUAAAUUGCAAUUUUCACGCCUGCUUUAAAAUACAUUUAAGGGGCUGUCCCACUUGGGCGACCUAACCCGCGAGUUCUGACGAGUUUACCCUCGACUCAUACUCGCAGCGUGGUCGACACGAGGUCGUAGCACUCUGUAAGUCUCCUUCAUGCUUGAGAGUGGUCUCAGGCGUACUCGAGGCUUCAGCUAGGUUGCGGCAUAUUUUGCAACGUUGAAAAAUGUCCGCCAGUAAAAAAAGGUCGCCAUGGAAAAAAUCGAUACUUUUCUUACUCGUGGGUUUAGUCGUAGUAGGUCUUAGUAGGUCGGCAUGUUAGUCGUAGGUAAUCGAGGGUAGUCAAAGGUAGUCGUAGAUAGUCUUCAUCAUAGUCGAAGGGAGGUAGUCUUCACUCUCCACUAUUCAGUGUCCAAUUUUCCCGAAGUUAGUGUAGCCGCAGAUUUUCAUCUUUCGGGAAAAUAACUACCUAGUAGCUAAAUGAGCAGGGAUAAGGGGAAUAUCUUCGAUACGCAUGUGAUCUGGCUCAGAGACCUUCAGCGCUUCUUCCCAGAUCAGUCUUCAAAAACACAGUCCUUUGAUUAAUAAAUUCAGAUUAAUCUAUGUCUAUGUUCUAUGUCUAUGUUUAAAUGCUUUAUUGUUGAUAUCAGAAUUUAUUCGCCAAGUAUGUUUUGCAACAUCGGAGGAAUUUCACUGGCCAGGUCAGCCAUACAAUUAAAAGCAACAGACUCAAAAACACAUUUUAACAUGAACAUCCACCACAGUGAUUCCUACACAUUCCUCACUGUGAUGGAAGGCGAAAUAAAGUUCAAGGCCUUCCUUUUGUUCUUCCUCGGUCGGGGGCCUCGAGCCCACCGUUGACGGGACGGUCUUGACUCCCGUAGCCGGUGGCGUUCAGGCCCUCCGUGUCGAGGCGUUCAGCUCGUGCAUCGGGGGUUAUCAGCUCCCCCGCAACGGGCGAUCAAACCUCGCAUCGGGGCUGGUUGAACCUUCUGUGGCGUUGGAGCUCCCGACUCGGCCUCUCCCGAGACUGCGAACCCUUGAAGGUAAGUCCGCAGGCUGCGGUGGGAGUGAUCCCAGGCAAGGGAUCCGCUCCAAUGUUAAGUCCGCGCCCCGCGGUGGGGCUCACGACAGUCCGAGACAGCUCCCAGCUCCAGCGAUGGUAGGCUGCAGAGCCCGGAGAAUGUGAUCCGAAAAUCAAUCACAUCUCCGGGAAGGUAAGAACUUGAAAAAAAGUUUCCUAUACUCUUCUAAACUUGCCAAUUAGGUCGCCCAAGUGGGACAGCCCCUUUAAAUUGUACAAGAUACCGAGUCUGAAGAAUGGUCUCCACCCGAAACAUCGCCCAUUCCUUCUCGCCAGAGAUGCUGCCUCACCCGCUGAGUUACGCCAGCAUUUUGUGUCUACCUUCAUACUGAAGUCAUACUUGUGUAAUCUCAUAUCAGAUUAAGAAAAAAACUGCUAACUUCAAUAAUUUAUUCCAUUAAAGAAAGUUGCACCUAUCAAUAAAGAAUGGUCAAUACUAUUUCAAAUUAGAAUCAUAAUGCAACAUAAUCUGUUUUGGAUAUAUUUCACAGUAUUAUUUGUAGGUUAAGAAUGAAUACUUUUUGGUAAUGCAAGGCAUCCAGCCUUCAUAUGCAGAGCCAUGUUUAUUUUUAAGAAUAUACCGAGUGCUGCAAUGUCUCAAUUUCAGAUUAUUUCAUGAGCUCGGAAUAGUAAUAAAGAGGUCUAAGUUAGCAACAGAAGAUAACAUUAUUUCCACACAUUCCAGCAGGGUGUAUGAAUUGGACCACAAAGAAUCAAAGAGUUUGGUCUGGGAGAAUCAAACGGUCUGGAUAAUAUAUUCUCUAUUUCAUUUUAUUCAAACCUGACAUUUGCCCAUAUUGUCAGAGGUUACGGUUUUGAACAAAGCAUGGGACAUGGAUAUUGCUGACAAAACAAUAGCUCCAUAUUCAUCCCACCUGCUCUUAAAAGGGGGAUGAUGAACAAAUUGCUUGAACCACUGCUGUCAUCAAGAGUGUUUUGUUGUCAUAUGUCCCAGAUAGAACCAAUCAAAUUCUUCCUUGCAGUAGCACAAUAGAAUAUGCAAACAUAGUACACUGUAAACAAUAUAAUAAAUGAGAAAAAGAAAGUUCAUUGUGUGUACAUAUACAUAUACCCACAUAUACAUUAUAUAUGUACACACACACACACGGGUCUCGACCCAAAACGUAACUCAUUCCUACUCUCCAGAAAUGCAGCCUGUCCCACUGUGUUACUCCAGCUUUUUGUGUCUACACACUUAUACACCUACAGUGCCUCCAUAAAGUUUGGGACAAAGAUCCAUCAUUUAUUUAUUUGUCUCUGUACUCCACAAUUUGACAUUUGUAAUAGAAAACAAAUCACAUGUCGUUAAAGUUCACAUUGUCAGAUUUUAAUAAAGGCCAUUUUUAUACAUUUUGGUUUCACAA